UUUGUGGCUCCGCGGGCAGCGCGGCCGCGGCGCUCGGACGGCCUGGGGUUCGGGCGCCGCCGCGGAACCGGAAUCGGAACGGAGAGCGCCCGGCGCGGUCCUCGGUCUCCACCGCGGCCCGGAAGGAAUCCGGGCGGCCUCCGCGGAGAUAUUUGCCACAACUAAUAACAGCUGAUGAAAUACUUGACCUUUUCUGCUCCAGUUUGAGUAUUGAAAGACAGUAGCCAUCUGACUUCAGUUAUUUAUUCAAGAUGCAGAAAAGACAAGGAUAUUGCAGUUAUUGCCGUGUGCCAUAUAAUAACCUGGAACAGCAUUUGUUCAGUGCUCAGCACAGGAGUCUGACCAGACAGAGUAGACGUCAAAUAUGCACCAGUAGUUUGAUGGAACGUUUCUUACAAGAUGUACUGCAGCACCAUCCAUAUCAUUGUCAAGAGAGCAGUUCAACACAAAAUGAGACAUAUGUGAAUACUGGGUCAUCGUCUGAAGUGGUGCAUUCGGAUGAUGAUUUUUCUGAAGAAGAGGAAGAGGAUGAGAAUGAGGUUGAGGAUGAGGAUGCUACUGAAGAGAGACCCUCUGAGGCUUCUGAGCGUAUUGAAGAGUUGCAUUCCAGACCCCAUGAAUCUCAGGAAGGCACAAAGGAGGUUUCAGUUCGACCAUCAGUUAUUCAAAAACUGGAGAAGGGACAGCAGCAGCCUUUGGAGUUUGGUCAUAAAAUUGGGGCCAGUAUGAAAAAAUGUAAUCCAGAAGAUACUGCUCAGGCUACAAAUAAUGGAAGCAACUUGGUACGCCCCCCAGUGAUUUAUAAUGCUCCUGCUAGUUGUUUACCUGAAAGCUCUAAUGGUAGACCAGUUACAACUAAUUCAACUGGUUUACCACCAGCAGUUCAUUUGGAUUCAGCUAGCAAAUGUGGCCCAAACAAAGUGGACAACUAUCUUGAACAGCCAGACAGGGCCUCUAGAAAUCCUGUGCCAUCAUCUCAUCUGGAAACUUCUUCAGCUUCACGUCAGAAACAGAAAGAAUCAAGUAGGAAAUCUUUACGUAUAAAUUCAGAUAAGUUGGUUUUGCGGAAAGAUGUAAAAUCUCAGGGUAAAACUGUGUCAGCUGGCUUGAAAUUCCAUGAACGUGUGGGUACUAAAGGCUCAUUAAAAGUUAAAUCUCCUUCCAAAUUAGCAGCAAACCCGAGUAAAACUGACAUGCCUUCUAAUAAAGGAAUCUUUGAAGAUACUAUUCCAAAGCAUCGUGAGAAAUUCUUUUCUAAUAUGGAUUGUACCCAAGAAGAAAAGCAUUUGGUUUUUAACAAGAAAGCCUUUUUGGAUCAGAAGUGCUCAGUGAGUUCUGCAAUGAAAUUUGCUUGUAGCUCUCUUCAGUCAGCAUCUGAUCAGCCCCAAGAGGCUGCACAAGACUUAAAUCUUUGGAAAGAGGAGCGAAUUGACCAAGAAGAUAAUUAUGAAUCUAGAGAAUCAGAAAUGAGUUUUGAUUGCAGUUCCUCUUUUUAUUCACUGACUGACCAAUCUAAAGGGAGUGCCAAAGAAGUAAACCAUUCCAAGAAAGUACGUGCUGCUGUACCAUAUAAGAGUAACAAAUCUUGUAUUUCUGAAGUAAGUUCUGAUUGUGACGAUGUUCUUCAGUUGGUUACCAACCAAUCCCAAAUAAGUCUUCAGAAUACAAUGCGUGUUAGCCUGGUUGACCAAAGCUAUGAAUCUAGUAGUUCUGAAACGAAUUUUGAUUGUGAUGCUUCACCUCAGUCCACUAGUGAUGAUUACCCUCAACAAUCUGUAAAAGAAGUAAACCUUCCUAAGGAAGCACACAUUGGCUUGGUUGAUAAGAACUAUGGUUCUAGUAGCUCUGAAUUAAGUGCUGAUUCUGUUUUCCCACUUCAGUCAGCGGUUGACCGACCCUCAGUGGCUGUCACAGAAACAAAACUUCGGAAGAAGGCUCAUACUGGCUUGGUUGAUAACUAUGGAUCGAGCUGUUCUGAAACAAGUUUUGAUUGUGAUGUUUCUCUUGAUCAUAUGCAACUGACUGUCAAAGGAAGAAACCUGAAAGGUAGACAAGUUCACCUAAAACAUAAGAAGCGUAAACCCAGUAGUGCUAAAGCACAUCUUGAUUGUGAUGUCUCACUUGGGACAGUUGCAGAUGAAUCCCAGAGGGCUGUUGCGAAGAUGGAUCUUCUGAAGGAGAAGAAUGCUGACCUUAUGGAUAUGAACUGUGAAUCCCAGGAUCCUGAAAUGGGUUUUCACACUGAUGCUCAGUUAGUGGCUGACCAAUCUCAAGUAGCAAUUAAAGAAAUAGACCUUCAGAAAGUGGAUGUUGACCUUGAGAAUAAGAGUGUUCAGUCUAGCAGUACUUCUCUAAGUUCUGAUUCUCCGGCUUCUCUUUAUCAUUCAGCCCACGAUGAGCCUCAAGAAGCUUUGGAUGAAGUAAAUCUUAAAGAGUUAAAUAUUGACAUGGAAGUUAAGAGCUACGAUUGCUCCAGCUCUGAAUUGACUUUUGAUUCUGACCCACCUCUUCUGUCAGUUACUGAGCAGUCUCAGCUGGAUGCCGAAGGAAAAGAACGGCACCUUGACCUGGAAGAUGAGAGCUGUGAGUCAGAUAGUUCUGAAAUAACAUUUGAUUCUGAUAUUCCUCUUUAUUCAGUAGUUGACCAACCUGAAGUAGCUGUUUAUGAGGAAGAAACUGUUGAUCUGGAAAGUAAAAGUAAUGAAUCUUGUGUUUCUGAAAUAACUUUUGAUUCUGAUAUUCCUCUUCAUUCAGGAAAUGAUCACCCUGAAGUAGCUGUUAAAGAAGUAAUUCAGAAAGAAGAGUACAUUCACUUAGAAAGGAAGAAUGAUGAACCCAGUGGUUCUGAAAUAAAUUCGGACUCCUAUGCCCCUCUUCAUUCAGUGACUAAUUCUCCUGAAGUAGCUGUUAAAAAGCUAUAUCCUCAAAAAGAAGAGCAGAGACACUUAGAAAAUAAGGAAAAUGAACCUACCAAUUCUGAAGUAAGUUUGGAUUAUAAUACCAUGUUUCAUUCAGUGACUGGACAUUCUGAAGAUUCCAUUAAAGAAAUAAACCUUCACAAAAAAGAGCACAUGUACUUAGAAAAUAAGAGUGUUUUUGAAACAGGUUUGGAUUCUCAUAUCUCUCUUCAGUCAGCGAUGUACAAACCUGAAGUAAUUGUCAAAGAAACAUGGCUUCAAAGAGAAAAGUAUACUGAAUUCCAAGAUGGAAGUGUUGAAUUCAGUGGUUUGAGAACAAGUUUAGAUUCUGGUGUCUCUCAGUAUUCAGUAAUUGAACCUCAAGCAGCUGUUAACAAAACAAACAGAAAGAAGCAAUGUGUUCUAGAAAACAAGAGUGAUAAAUGUAGUGGUUCUGAAAUAAUUCUGGAUUCUAAUAUUCCACCUCAGUCAAUGACUGACCAACCUCAACUAGCUUUUUUGAGGGAAAAAUAUGUUAAUCUGAAGGACAGAAACAGCAAAUCAAGUGAUUCUAAAAUAACUUUGAAUUCUGAACAACUUCAGGAAGCAGUUAAAAAAAUAGACCAAUGGAAGGAAGAGGUUAUUGGCCUGAAAAAUAAGAUUAAUGAACCUAAUACUUCUAAAUUAAUACAUGAUUCUAAUGUUUCUGUCCAGUCUGUUGCUGACCAACCCCAAGUAGCUAUUAAACAUGUAAACCUUGGGAAUGAAAACCAUAUGUACUUGGGAGUUAAGAACAGCCAAUAUAGUUGUUCUGAAAUGAAUGUGGAUUCUGGUUUCUUGGUUCAGUCAAUAGUCAGUCGACCUCAAAUGACUGUUUUAGAGCAGGAGCAGGUUGAACUAGAAGAUAAGCCCAAUCAACGUUGUGGUUCUGAAGUAAGUUUUGAUUCUGAUGACCCUCUUCAGUCAGUAGCUGACCGGCUGAGAGAAACUGUUAAAGAAAUAAGCCUUUGGAAGGAUGAAGAUGUUGACAUGGAAGAUAGGAGAGAUGAAGCUAAGAGUUUUGAAAUUAUGUAUGAUUCUGAUGUUCUUCAGUCAGUGGCUGGCCAACCUGAAGAAGUAGUUAAAGAGGUUGGUCUUUGGAAAGAGCAUGCUGACUUGGAAAAUAAGAUUGUCAAACCUACUGAUUCCAAAAUAAAUUUUGAUUCUCAUGAACCCCUUCAGUCCAUGACUAGUAACAUUCAAGGAGUCAAUCAAGAAUUAAAUCUUUUGGUGGAGGAACAUGUUUGUCUGAAUGAGAAGAGCUAUGCACCCAGUAAUUCUGAAAUAAUUUAUGUUUCAAAUAUCCCUCUUCAGUCAGUGAUUAAACAGCCACACAUUUUAGAAGGGGAGCAUGCCAAUCUGGAAGAUAAGAGCAGUGAUUCUUGUAGUCCUGAAGAAAGUUCUGAUUUCAGUGACUCUUUUCAGGCAGCAGCUGAUGGGCUUCAAAAAUCUGUCAAAGAAGUAAAUCUUUGGAAGGAAGACCAUAUUUACCUGGAAGAUAAGAGCUAUAAACUAGGUGAUUUUGAUGUAAGUUGUACUUCUCAUAUUCCUGUUCAGUUUGUGACUGAUCAAUCUUCUGUGUCUGUUGAAGACAUAAACUUACAAAAGAAGGAUCGUAAUGAUCUAGAAAAGAAGAACUGUAAAACCUGUGGUUCUGAAAUAAAAUGUGGUUCUUGUGUUAAUCUUCAGUCAGAAGUUGACCAACCUCAAGUGACUUACAAAGAGGCAGACCUUCAGAAGGAAGACCAUGUCAUGGAAAAGACUGAUGAACCUAUUGAUUCAGAAAUGAUGUAUGAUUCUGAUAUUCCUUUUCAAAUAGUAGUUAACCAAUUUCAAGGGUCAGACAAAGAAACACAUCUUCCAAAGGUGGUACUUGUGAAUGUGAUACCCAGUGAUGGUGAUUAUGAAGUAAUUUCAGAUGAUACUCCCCUUCAGUUAGUGACUGACCCACCUCAGUUGACUGUCAAAGAUAUCAACUGUAUAAAUACAGAAUGUAUGGAUAUAGAAGAUAAGAGCUGUGACUCUUUUGGCUCUGAAGUCAGAUGUAGUUGUAAAGCCUCUUCUCCCUCAAUGACAAGCCAAUGCAAAGAGACUUUCAAAAUAAUAAACCGGAAGAAAGACUAUAUCAUUCUGGGAGAGCCAAGUUGUCAGUCUUGUGGUUCUGAAAUGAAUUUUAAUGUUGAUGCCUCUAAUCAGUCCAUGACUUACGAGUCACAAGAACCUGAUAAGAAAAUGGUGAAAUAUAUUGACUCAGAAGAUAAUAGCUGUGGAUAUAAUGGUUCUAAAGGAAAAUUUAAUUUGGAAGGUACUUCUCAUCGAAAGACUCACCGAAUGCAGAAAGCUCACAAAGAAGCCAACCUUCGGAAAGAUCCAAGAAAUGCUAGCCUAAAGGGUAAGAGCUGUCAAUCUAGUGCUUCUGCAGUGGAUUUUGGUGUCUCUUCUAAGUCAGCGCUUCAUCGAAGGGCUGAUAGAAAAAAACUGAAGUUAAAACAUGGAGAUCUAGAGAGUGUGAGCCAGGAACCAGCUGAUUUUGAGAUGAAUUUUCAGUGUGCUCCCCCUCUUCGGUCUGAUACUCAUCAGCCUCAAGAAACUGUUAAGAGAAGGCAUCCUUGCAAGAAGGUAUCUUUUGACCUGAAACAAAAGAACUGUGAUUCCCAGCCAAGCUCUGUUCCCAAGGUUGAUUCUGUAAGGAACCUGAAAAAAGCAAAGGACAUCAUAGAAGAUAAUCCUGAUGAACCAGUUCUUGAAGCCUUACCUCAUGUACCUCCUUCAUUUGUGGGGAAAACAUGGUCUCAGAUAAUGAGAGAAGAUGACAUGAAAAUUAAUGCUCUUGUGAAGGAGUUUAGGGAGGGUCGUUUCCACUGUUACUUUGAUGAUGACUGUGAGACCACAAAAGUUUUUCCAAAGAAGAAAAGGGUUACCUGGGCUGACUUGCAAGGUAAGGAGGACACUGCACCAAUUCAAGCUCUGUCCGAGAGUGAUGAUACUGUACGUGGUAGUUCAGAUAUUGAUGACUUGUCAGUGGCCUUAGAUCAACCAUGCCAUCGUCAUCCUCCAGCAGAGAAUCCUUCUACACAAAAGUGGCCUGUGGCUUCGGAAUGCCGGACAGCGAACAUCAGCCAUAGUACUCAAACCAGUUGUAAGAAUUACCCAGUGUUGAAAAGAAAAAUAAUUAGACAAGAGGAAGACCCACCAAAAAGUAAGUGUUCACGUUUACAGGAUGACAGAAAAACCAAAAAGAAUGUCAAAAUUGGGACAAAAGUUGAAUUUCCUGCAUCGUGUACUAAAGUUUUGAAGCCUAUGCAACCCAAAGCCUUAGUCUGUGUUCUUUCUUCUUUAAAUAUUAAACUGAAGGAGGGUGAAGGCCCCCAAUUCCCUAAAAUGAGGCACCAUAGUUGGGAUAAUGAUAUUCGGUUUAUAUGCAAAUAUAAAUGGAAUAUCUUUGAUUAUUUUGAGUCCUUGAUUAGGCAAAUUGUAGGUAAUUCUCCCCUGAAUUUAAUAGUACCAGAGUUUGAGAGGCAUAACUGGGUUAAAAUUCAUUUUAAUAGGAGCAACCUAAACUCCAGCGCAGGAGAUAAUGAUGCUGAUGGACAAAGCUCUGCUUCAGUGCCUUUAUUGGCAGCGCCAGCAAGAUAUGGAUUUAAUUCACAUCAGAGAACCAGUGAGUCUUCUCUGUUUCUGGAAGAAUCAAAGGUUCUGCAGGUUCAUGAGGUUCCAAAGAAAAGUAAUUUCCAGCUAACUUUUUUAAAUCAUGGUGUUGUCAAAAAUCAUUUAAAUAAUCCUGAAUCAGUUAGAAAUAAGUUUUUUAAAAAUAAAAGUAAAAAGAAAAUUCAUGGGAAGAAGGUGACAGCUAGUGGUAGUAAGCUAGGUUUUCCCAAAAAGGUUUGUAAACCAAUUAUUCCUCGGAAAAAAGCCAGAAAAGCUUCAGGAAAACAAUCAGCUUCAAUUUGGACCAAACCAAGUGAGGUAAUUAGAAAGUAUAUGUCAAAAUACUCUGCUUUUCUAUAUCAUAGAUGUCAGUCUAGGUAUGCUUGUUUUGGAAUGUAUCCGAAGAAGAAGAAAACUGUUGUCGGUAGGCUAAAGAAGGCAAAGAGAACAGCUAACGUGCUUUCAAACUCCUCAGUUUCACCAGCUGGUGCUGAAGAGCUGUCAAGCGCUAUCGCAAAUCCUCCUCCGAAGCUAGCUGUGCAUUCUUCUAGACGUGCAUGUUCUUCUAGACCUGCGCUGCCUUCUAUGCCUGCGGCUUCUGCUGUACCUGCGCCGCCUUCUAGACCUGCGCGUUCUUCUAGACCUGCGCGUUCUUCUCAACCUGUGCGUUUUUCUAGCCGCAUCGCAGAAAGGGAGGAGGAGAAGAAGAGGAAUGAAGAUUGCCAGAGCCAAAAGAAAAUUUCUUCUGGACCUGUGAGAGCAUAUAAUCUGAGAAGUUCAUCUUGUUCACAACCUUGUGAAAGAAUGAUGACUCGGCUAGCAAACAAAUUGAGAGGUAAUGAGGUAAAAUAGAAGUUGUUUUUGUAUUCAGGCCAGUUGAGGGUUCAGUACUUCAAUUGAAAUAUAUUUGGUACUUUGUGCACACAGCUUUCCCAACUUUGGUGAGAAAACUAAACUUGAACUAUUUUGCUAUAAAUAUUAUUUUCAGAAUUUUUAUAUUCAUUUAAAAUUAGUGUUUAGAGUCCUUUCAUUUUAAGAUUCAACAUGAACCUUAAAUUUUGUCCAACAUUUUCUGUAGAAGACCUUCAUCUUAAUUUAUGUCACAAAAUAAUUUAGCAGAGUAUAUAGAAUUUUGUCCCUCAAAUCAUCUCCCACUUAUUUUUUUAUGAUUAUCUCUCUCAUGCCAGCAAAGUUAAUGUUGUAAGAAUGAAUAUAGCGAACUUAUUAAUGCUAUAUUAUUACUUUUUAAAAAUUGGAACAAACGCAUACGUGCCUAUAUUGUGUUUCAGAGUGGCAUUGUCAAUAUAGUAUUCUAAUUGGACAAUUAUAAGGAAGGAACUAUAAUAAAUUAUGUCAACUUUUGAGUGGGGUUGACUUAAAUGAACACAAACGAAAUAUAAUUUAUCUUUUUGAAGCAUUCCAGAAAAUGAGAUUCCAUAAUCUUUAAUACAGUUUUAAAAAAUGGCCUGGUGAUUUUUUUACGUGUAACACGAACUCUUACUUCAUUUAAAUUGGAUCUGCAAGGCCAGGCACAGUGGCUCAUGCCUGUAA